AUGGAAAACUCAGCUUCUAGUCUACCUGAGCAGAGAUUGGCUGAUAUCAUCUGCACCUACUGUGACAUCUCCGUCCAAGCGGUCAAGACGUGUCUUCUGUGUGAAGCCUCCCUCUGUGAUAACCAUUUAAUUGCACACAACAGCAAGACAGAGGGUCAUACAUUGAUUGAUCCCAUCAACCUAUGCAAACAAACAUGUCUUCUCCACAACGAGUCCUUUAGUCUUUAUUGUUCAGACGAUAAGGUCUGCUUCUGCUUUUCUUGCUAUUUAACUGGAGAACACAGCAACCAUCAUGUGGAGUCAAUGGAGGCAGCUUUGACGAAGAAGAAAGAUCAAAUAAGGAAUGCCUUAGAAAAUGUGACCUUUAAGAGAAAACAAGUAGAAAGAAGAUCAAAGGACAUGUACCACCAAAAGAGAGACAUUGUAGAGACAGCUGCCGGGCUAAUCAUCCGCAUCAGUGAUGUCUUCAGAGACCUGAGGGCACAACUGGAAGCCCUGGAAAACAAAGUCCUACGGAAGGUUUUCAGGCAGAAGGAACUGGCUUUACAGAAAGUCUCUCAUCUUAUCAUGGAACUGGAGAAGGAAAAAGAUAAACUGUCCAAGAAGAUGCAUGAAAUUGAGGAACUGUUCUACAUAACCAACCCAACUGUCUUGCUCAAAGCAGAAGUGGAUCUAACCAUGGAGGAAAGUGCGGAGAACAAUCCCACAGAUGAUGUUCAGGUCAUGGCAGGCCAUGAUGAGGUUUUUAUUUCAGUGACUUUGCAGAAGAAGUUAGAGAAUAUCAUGUCUUCCCAAGCUGCAAGGGGUUUGUAUGUGCAAGAGGAAUCUGACUUGCGCCUAGAUGAAGACACGGCCUCUAGUGACGUAGCACUUUCAGGUGAUAUGAAAUCUGCCACUUGCUCCCUUAUAAACCUGCUCCGUCCAGAAUCUCCAGCCAGGUUUUAUAAUUAUCAGGUAUUAAGCACCAAGAGUUUCCAGUCAGGACAUCACUACUGGGUGUUUGAGUGCAGUAAGGAUAGGUACUGGAGAGUGGGGGUAACUUAUGGCAGUGUAAAAAGGAUGGGAUAUGAGUCCUGGGUUGGAAAUAAUAAAAAGUCAUGGUGUUUGCGUAGGUUUAACCGCAAACUCUCAGCAUUACAUGGCUCACAGGAUAACGUGUUGCUUCCCAGCUCCCUCUGUCAGAGAUUUGGGGUGCACCUAGAUUACGAAGCGGGGCGGCUGUCCUUCUAUCAACUGGAUAAGUCAGUCGCCCACUUGCACACGUUCCGAGCCUCAUUCACCGAGCCCCUUCAUGUUGCAUGCUGGGUUUGGUGGGGGGGCUGGAUUACAGUUCGCAGCUAG